AUGUCUGUAUUUCCGACCACUGAAUACGCAGCCACGGCGGGCGUGCUGCCCCUGCCGGACGACGUGCUGGGGGGCAUCAUUGCUGGCAUUGAGGACUGCGAUACGCUGCGGGCGCUCAACGCCGCCAGCCCCUCGCUGCGGCGCCUGGUGCUCGGCUCGAGGCGGCGGCUAAACCUCCGAGAGACGACCCGUACAGGAUCCACACUGGAGGCUGCUUGUGCCGUCAUGGCGCGCUGCCAGCUGUGGCACGGCUUGCGGUGGCUAAGACUGCCGGACGUCAACAACGCUGCGGCGGAGGUGGUCCUGGCGCUCAUGCAUGCGGCUGCGAGGUGGGUGUGA